UUAAAGAAUCACCGAUAACUUCAACCCAACUCGUCAAGAAGCAAAAACAGGAAAUCACGCGAAUGGAAGCAAAGAAUACAUCUUCCCCUCCAGUCUAUCGCAAGUUCUUAUGCUGUGGGAAACCAGAGCAAUCAGUAUUGAUUGGAGGGGAUAUUUGUGGCUUCAGUUAUACCCAGCUUGAAAAAUGGCUAAAACCAUUUAGUCCAGUUCCCUUUCGACAUAUUGUGAAGAAGCUGCAAAAUGGAUAUGGCCAUCUUCAUUUCGAUACACAGAUGGAAGCUGCUCAGUUCUACCAUGAAAUGAAUGGGAGGCUAUUUGAUGCACCGGAGGGUAGGGAUGGCAAUGUAAAGUUUUCUCAUGCCCUAUACUUCAAUUCUAAAAGACCAGUGGAGUAUGGGAAGGCAUUGGGUGUUGCCACAACUAAAAGAGAAAGAGCGACAAUGACGUCCCUGAUGGCAGAGGAGGUGACUAGCAACUCACCAAAACGGCUGCGAGACAGCAAGGAAUCUGCCACACGCGAACUUG